CGGCGCGAGAAGUGGUGAGAGAGGAAGAGUGGAGUACUGGAGAAGAGAAAAGAAAACACAAAAUGAAAAGAAGCUACCCCAGCGGUGCUGAAAAGAGGAGGAAGAAGGAGGAAACCCGAAAGUUGAUGUCUAAGUUACCGAAAGUGACAAAUUUCAGGGUCCGUCAUGUAGAAAUGAACUAAAUGAGACAGAGAUGGGCUGUGAGAGCUCUGAAAUUAUCCAGCCAGGUUUGGAUGAUGUUGUUCCACCAGAUCACGAGACUUCAGCAUCAUCCACUCUUCAAAAUGAGACAGGGAUGGGCUGUGAGAGCUCUGAAAUUAUCCAGCCAGGUUUGGAUGAUGUUGUUCCACCAGAUCACGAGACUCCAGCAUCAUCCACUCUUCUAGUAAGAUGUCAGCACACUGUACUUCUUGAAGAUGACCCAGCACUCUGGCCAAAACAGCUGUCUGAUAGUGCACGCUGCUCAAUAGUGCAGAGAGGACCACUUCAGGUGAAGGACAGGAUCUUCCCAAGAAAUAAAGAUGGGCGCAGAUUUACUAGCAGCAAUUACUACAUGCAAAUGAAAAAUGGAGAACAGAUAUGCAGAUCAUGGCUUGUCUACAGUGAAAAGAAGGACCGUGUUAUUUGUUUUUGCUGCCGCCUGUUUGGAAACAGAGAAAGGAGCAAUCAGCUGAGUGAGGAUGGGUUUAAUGAUUGGAAAAAUCUUUCAGCCCACCUGAGACAGCAUGAAAAGUCAGCUGAGCACAUUGCAAAUAUUGAUGCUUGGCGCAACCUAUCGCAGAAACUCCAGACACACACGGCUAUAGAUCAGGUGAACCAAGAUCUUCUUUCUCUUGAAGUAAAUCGCUGGAAAGAGGUACUGACAAGAUUGAUUGCAAUCGUUAACCAUCUGGCAGAGUGCAAUCUAGCACUGUUAGCUGUUUCGUGGCCACUCUGACAGGCUGUUUGAGCCUGGAAAUGGAAAUUUCCUUGGGCAAGUUCAACUCAUGGCUCAGUUUGACCCAAUUAUGAGAGAGCAUCUGAGGAGAAGUCAGGCCAAAGAGCUAAGUGACAAUUACUUGAGCAAACACAUUCAAAAUGAACUCAUCUCCCUUGUAGCAAAGUGCACAAUCGAUGCAAUUGUGGAGAAAGUAAAGAAAGCUAAAUAUUAUGCUGUUACCAUGGACUGCACUCCAGACCUCAGUCACAAUGAGCAGCUUUCAGUGGUGCUACGGAUUGUGAAUUGUGAAACCUCAAAAGGUAUCUCCAUUCAUGAGCACUUUGUUGGUUUUCUUCAGGCACUUGACACAACAGGAAAAGGGUUAUGUGAGUCAUUUUUAGGGCACCUAGAAACACUAGGUUUGGACCUCUCCAACUGCCGUGGCCAGUCUUAUGACAACGGCAGUAACAUGCAGGGUAAAAAGCAGGGGGUCCAAAAGAGAGUGUUAGAACUAAACAGCAAGGCUUUGUGUGUUCCCUGUGGAAGCCACACUUUGAACCUUGUUGUUGGGGAUGCUGCCAAGUCAUCUGUGACAUCCAUCAGCUUCUUUGGUCUGCUACAGCGACUCUACACUCUGUUCAGCUACUCAGUUCACCGCUGGUCCAUUCUCACAGAGCACGUCAAGAAUUUCACACUGAAGGCAUUGUCAACAACCAGAUGGGAGUCCAGGGUUGAAGCUAUCAAAGCUGUUCGCUACCAGCUUCCUGAAAUUGUGGAGGCAUUGACUGCUCUAAAGGAAUAUGCCAUGGAGAAAAGGGAUGCAGAAGUUGUUUCAACAGCUGGAAGCAUCUGCAAGGAGAUGCAGAGGUGGCCUUUUGUGGUAAGUACCAUUGUAUGGUACAAUGUGUUGUUCCAGAUAAAUAAAGCCAGCAAGACCCUGCAGAGCCAGAAGGUUUGUAUUGAAACAGUCAGGAAAGAAAUCAGGGCAGUGACAGAAUUCCUUCAGGAAUUUCGGGAUGAUGGGUUCAACACUGCCAAAACAGAGGCCAGGGAAAUAGCAGAGAAGCUUGAGGUAGAGAUGAGCUGGCCAGAGGUGCGUCAGAGAAGAACAACCCAACAGUUUGAGUAUGAAGGCAAAGAGCAAACUCAGUCAACUGCAGAAGAGAUCUACAAAAGAGAAUUUUUCUUGUCUCUUAUUGAUAAAGCUCUUAUUACUUUAAAGGAAAGAUUUUCACACAUGGAAACCUUCUAUGAGCUGUAUGGAUUUCUACUCCACUGA